AGCGCCGCCGUGGGCAGGAGGGGCAAAAAAGGGCUGCAAAAACCGGCAAAAGCCGGGCGGUUUGCCCUCAGAAAGCCUCCCCAGCGUGACGCCAUCGCCAAAAUGGGCCGAAACGUGCCGAAGCGGCCGGCUGGUCCCCUGCCUGCCCGCGUGCGGCUGCUGGAAGAGCAUACCCACUGGAUUUGGCGAGAGGUCAAAAGCAUGCAGAAGACGCCCAAGAGGAACAAGCAGCCGUUACCUUGUGGGGUGCCAGCCAGCCUUCCUCCUGACAAGAGAAAAAGGGAGAGUCCCGAUGACUUCGUAGCCCUUCUGCCUCCCGAAGUCAGCUUGCAGAUAUUCAGUGAGCUCGAUAUUUGCAGCCUGUGUAACGCUGCGAUGACAUGCAGGAGCUGGAAUCAAGCUAUUGACAAUAAUGACUGUUUGUGGAAAAAUCACUGUUUGACUGUGAGAGCUGUCUGUCAGCGAGAGAUUGAUUGCGAUCGAGGCAAUGGAUACUCAUGGAAGAUCACAUUACUAAGAAACUACUGGAAAAGCAAAGUAAAACAAGAAUGGCUGAGUGGGAAAUACAGUAACAUUCACUCACAAAACAACUUGCCAGAGAAAAGCAUGUAUCCGAUGGAUGUUGACACGUGGGGAGAAAUCCUGGAAGCAGAACUAGAGAGAUGAGAAGCCAGUGCAGUUUCUUGCAACUCAAGAACCUUACAUCAACUCAUGGACAGCCAAACUGUAAAUAUGUUGCCGUUUAAAUUAGUUGUGUUUGCAAGCAUGUGAUGAAAACUUUUCUGAAGAAAAGAGAUAUACUUUUUAUGUGCACUUUAUUAGACUGACUGAUACAAAAAGUAAAAUUCUAAAUAAGACUA